GAUUCACCUGCGAGCCUCUCGGGUGUAUAAAAAGCAGCCGGUCUCGAAAAGUCCAAACACAGUCCACCAUGAAGUUUGCUCUGCUGCUGCUCGUCGCUCUUGCCGCCGUUCUUGGCUCGGUGUGCGCCCAGGAGGCCUCUGCCGCCGCCCCCGCCGCCGACGUCGCUGCCGACGCCGCCCCCGCUGAGGAAUCCGACGACCUGGCCGUUGAUGAGAACCGCUACUGGGGACGCAGACACUACGGCGGCUAUGGUGGCUAUGGAGGCUAUGGAGGUUACGGAGGCUACGGAGGAUACUACCGUCGUCCCUACUACGGCGGAUACGGAGGCUACUACAGGCGGCCGCACUACGGCUAUGGCGGCUACGGCUACUACGGCUAAAUGUGAGCGGUCGGACGGAGAGAGAGAACAACCCACUGAAAAAAAACAACGAUCACCCCGAUUCUCACAGGACAGAUGAAAUUUUAUUAUAAUGUAAAAAAAAGUAUUCAAUGCCAGUUUCAUAUAUUUUCAUGCAUUUGUACAACUUUUGGUGCGGGACCAACAACUACUCGUGCUAGAAAUAGUUUAUGUGUCACACAUUUGAUCAAUAAAGAGUAAUAAUUUUAUAUUUAAUGCAAAA